UAUUCGAUAGAUUAAAAGAUUCUACGCAUGUCAGUGUAACCAAAAUCAUAUAUUAUAACUGAUUUCAUUUGGGUGACAUUUAUCCGUAAAUCUUCUUUGUCAGUCAGUACAAUAAAAAGCACUUGAAACUUUUCCGUUUUACAACAUCCGCUAGACAAAAAAGAGCUAUAGGCUUUAGUUAUUGUGUGGAAUCUUAAUGUUUACAUUAUGUAGGUGGAUUUUAAGUAAUUAAGAAAACAAACGCAAUUUUCUUCUGUUUAAUUGUAAUAGAUAAAUUAUUAUAAAAGCUCUGUCAUUUCCUGUACAAUGAACAUAAUGAUGUAACUCAACCAGAGUAUACGCAUCCUACAGGAAACCAUUAGAGGUAUAAUGUUUUCAAUCAAAAGAAUCAGAAUUUCAUCUAACGUUCUCACAUAUUAUUGAGAUAAGAAUCAUAUGACUAUUAGGAUAAAAAAAUGAAUUGCAAAAUGGCUGCAAAAAUGAAUGCAGUGUUAUUGUUGUUGUUGCUUUACAGUUUUUCAUGUGAAGGAAGCCUGCAUGUGAACGUCUUUCGAAGAGCUGAAGGUGAUAUAUUUUCGUAUCCAAAUAUUAACUGCAAAGUAUAUGGGGCUAAACAGCUAUAUUCAUCUCGAUGUCUGUGCCGUUCUGAUGGGAAAGAGAGCAACCAAAAAAUAGCUGGCACGCUGUAUACAGAUGAAUUCGGGUACACGCGAUGUUUUUAUGACCAAGGAGCUUCAGUUGGAUGUUAUUCCCCUGAACAUUUUUUUGAGAACAAUACUAUGACUUUCAAUUCUUCCUUAAACAAUGCGACAGCGAGAGUAAGAUUGGUUUAUGAUAACUCUAAGUAUAGCUCUUUCAGUGUCGUUAAUGCAGGAGGUAAAUGGAAAAGCGAUGGGGAUUUUCUACAGCUUACCCUGAGUGAUGGUUCAAGUGUUGGAAGAGUUUAUUUUUUAAACUUUAUAUUAUUUGGCAAAAAUGGAGUAAAAGAUAAAGAAUUUUGUGCUUUGGUCAAAACACAGAACGAGAAACCAGUUACAGUGUGGAUCAAUUCAAUGAUCUUGGAAAGAGUAAAAACUCUAGCAAAAGAUGGCAUAGGGAAGUUAUCAAUGUACAUAUUUAUUGGAUUCGGCAUUGUCUUCCUAAUUCUUGUACUUGUGCUAACCAGAAGUCUCACACUUAACUGCCAUUAUCACAGAUUACUUUGGCUUGGAAAGAAAGUAUUGACUAAAGAGAAGCCACUUGGAUCAGCCAGCAAGUUUUAUACAGAAGCCGGUUUGUUGAGUUUAUAUAAAAAGCAGAAAGCUGCCAAACAGGCUGAGAAAGAUGGAAAUAAAUUUAUGUCUGAAAACGAUGAGUCUGUACACAUAGUUAUCGAGAAUGCAACUUCAGAGAGAGAAGAACCAGACGGAUCUGUUAAAACGCCACAAAUGAUGAGAAUGCAGACCUUAGGAGAAUCAACUAAAAAAUCUACCUCGCCUUCUCCAUCUAGAAAAAAUGUUCUUCUACCGUCUAGCAUCUCAUCUCCUGCUCUAAGGAGAGAUCCACUAGAAAUACCAAACAAGCAGUUUAUUAUUCCACGAUCCGAGCACAAAAUAGAUGGAAGGGAAAAAGACCAAGAAACAAACGAAGAGGAAAACUUUUACGAAGUUGAUAUCAAAGUUGAAGAAGAUUAUGAAAAUGUUGAUGAUAUUGGAACCUCCGAAAGGCACAAUACAAAUUCACACCGUCAUCAAGAAAACGUAUCGAGCUCAUUGAACAGCGAUAAAGAUUAUGAAGUCGUUGAUGAAGAUAUGAAGGGGAUGAAGGAAGGUGUUGUUACUGAUUAUGAGGUCGUCGACAAUAGCAUGACAGAAGAACCCUAUCUUAAGAUGUAUGUAGAAGCGUAUUUGACUCCUAUUGAAACACAAUAUGAAAAUUUAGGAGAAAAUGCCGAUAAUGAUGACGAUUAUGAUUACAGUUUGACUGAUUUGUCAAAAGUAAAACAAUACAGAUAAUAAAUCAGUCGAUAUAAUUGUAACGGCAAUUUGUCAGUACUAUUUUGAUUGCACUAAUUUUUAAGUGUAUCAACGAGCAGUUGGAGUUUAGUGUGAUUUUUAAACAGGAAAAUCUUUGCGUGUAAGAAAACCAUUUUACAAAAAUUAUUUUUAAUUAAAACAAAUUUUUAAUUAA